AUGUGUUUAAAUCCACCUGAUAUUCAGCGUGCAGAACAGGAAGAGUUUCUCCAGAAGUUCGAUCAUAUCUCGAAAUCCGAUCUAGGUCAGUUGCUUCAACCUUCAUUCAGACGAAGCAAAAUAAUAUUCAACCGACAAGAAAAGUAUAUGAUGUUUGUACUACAGGCUUGCGCGGGAGGCAGGAGACCUUCAGAGUGCACUCAAUGUCGUAUCACAGAUAUCAAAGAUACAGAACUAGCUGAAGCUAUGUUCAAGUUGGCCGAAAAAUUUGUUGCUCGUGCCAUAAGACAGAAAGUCGUAUUACGUGUAGUGGCGUUAGCAAAGAUAUCAACGUUCUUUAUUCAGAUUGAGCAGUCUGGGCAAUCUACAAUAGUCGUAAAAUCCGAGAUUGUUUGGGCGCUUGUACGAAAACACCAAAUUUCGCAAGGGAACAGCUGGAGAAAUUAA